CAGGACCCCAGAGCCUCUGGGACAGCCAGGACCAUGGGCAGCAGCAAGAGCAAGCCCAAGGAUGCCAGCCAGCGGCGCCGCAGCCUGGAGCAGACCGAGAGCACACACUGUGGGGCUGGGAGUGCCUUCCCCAGCGCACAGACCCCCAGCAAGCCAGCCUCGGUUGAUGGUCACCGUGGCCCCAGCACAGCCUUCACCCCCGCCACCGCCGAGCCCAAGCUCUUUGGCGGUUUCAACUCCUCGGACACCGUCACCUCCCCGCAGAGGGCCGGGCCGCUCGCCGGUGGAGUGACCACCUUUGUGGCUCUCUAUGACUAUGAGUCCCGGACGGAAACCGACCUGUCGUUCAAGAAGGGGGAGCGGCUGCAGAUUGUCAACAACACGGAGGGAGACUGGUGGCUGGCACACUCGCUCAGUACGGGACAGACGGGCUACAUUCCCAGCAACUACGUGGCCCCCUCUGACUCCAUCCAGGCUGAGGAGUGGUACUUUGGCAAGAUUACUAGGCGGGAGUCCGAGCGGUUACUGCUCAACGCAGAAAACCCAAGAGGGACCUUCCUGGUGCGAGAAAGCGAGACCACGAAAGGUGCCUACUGCCUGUCGGUGUCUGACUUCGACAACGCCAAGGGCCUCAAUGUAAAGCACUACAAGAUCCGCAAGCUGGACAGUGGUGGCUUCUACAUCACCUCCCGCACGCAGUUCAGCAGCCUGCAGCAGCUCGUGGCCUACUACUCCAAGCAUGCCGACGGCCUGUGUCACCGCCUCACCACUGUAUGCCCCACAUCCAAGCCGCAAACUCAGGGCCUGGCCAAGGACGCCUGGGAGAUCCCUCGAGAGUCGCUGCGGCUGGAGGUGAAGCUGGGCCAGGGCUGCUUCGGCGAGGUGUGGAUGGGGACCUGGAAUGGUACCACCAGGGUGGCCAUCAAAACCCUGAAGCCAGGUACCAUGUCUCCAGAGGCCUUCCUGCAAGAGGCGCAGGUCAUGAAGAAGCUGCGGAACGAGAAGCUGGUGCAGCUGUACGCCGUGGUCUCUGAGGAGCCCAUCUACAUUGUCACAGAGUACAUGAGCAAGGGGAGCUUGCUGGACCUCCUCAAGGGGGAAACGGGCAAGUACCUGCGGCUGCCUCAGCUGGUGGACAUGGCUGCUCAGAUCGCCUCAGGCAUGGCCUAUGUGGAGCGCAUGAACUACGUGCACCGGGACCUCCGGGCAGCCAACAUCCUGGUUGGGGAGAACCUGUCGUGCAAAGUGGCAGACUUUGGGCUGGCGCGGCUCAUUGAAGACAAUGAAUACACGGCCCGGCAAGGUGCCAAGUUCCCCAUCAAAUGGACAGCUCCGGAAGCUGCGCUGUAUGGCCGGUUCACCAUCAAGUCAGACGUGUGGUCCUUUGGCAUCCUGCUGACGGAGCUCACGACAAAGGGACGAGUGCCCUACCCUGGGAUGGUGAACCGCGAGGUGCUGGACCAAGUGGAACGGGGUUACCGGAUGCCCUGCCCGCCUGAGUGCCCUGAGUCGCUGCAUGACCUCAUGUGCCAGUGCUGGAGGAAGGAGCCGGAGGAGCGGCCCACCUUCGAGUACCUGCAGGCCUUCCUGGAGGACUACUUCACGGCCACGGAGCCCCAGUACCAGCCGGGGGAGAACUUAUAGGAGCAGGCAGGGCCGGACCAGGGUCUUGGCUCGCACCCUGGGCUGGGCAGUCUCCUGCCCACUGUCGGGCCUCUCUGUGGAGCUGGGUUGCUUGGGAUGAGGCCUCUCAAUCUUUUGUGGCCUGGUUGGGUGACGUGGAGGCCUGAGGUGGCCUGUGAAGCCAGGGCUACUCUGUCCUGCACCUAUUCUCGCUCUUCAUCGUCUCUGCUGGCUCCUGCGGGAAGAACCAGGCAGAAGAGCGGGGCCCGGGUGCCCUGUGUGCCACCUCAGCCUCCUCCUCAUUUCUGGCUCCUAUCCACUGCCCACGUGGCCCCAGAGCUGGUGAAAGAGCCUUUCCAAAGAGGAUGGAGGGCCCUUGGCCAAACUUGCCUACCACCCUGCCUCUUGCCAUCCGUGUCUGGUCGGGCUGUGGAGGUUAGGGCCACUGUAUUCCCCAUCCUACCACCCCAGUACUCCUAAGCUGGCCAGCCCAGGACUGGCUGGACUUGAUGAGGGUAGGGUGAGCCUGCCCUGCUCUCCCGGACGCCAGGGACCCUUCAAGGAGCACCCAUUCCAUGUCCCUUUUCUCCCUAUGCGACCACCACGUCCAGAGAGCGGCUGUGAGCUGCCCUAGGCCAUAGAGCAGCUUUGUAUGGAGGCGAGGUCGGCCGGUGCUCCUCUGUCUCAGAAACCGGCAAGCGUGGUCCUUGGUUGGGUGGGCAAGAGCUGGGAGCCCCAGGUGGGGCGAGGCGGGGUGGAGCUGGAACCUGGCGGGCUUGUGUAAGGGGAGUGUAGGGUGGCCAAGGGCUGCUGGACGUGGACCCAAGGCUUUGCCAGCAUGUUCUGGGCACUGUGUGGCCUCCAGAGGGAGUGCUGGACCCUCGUGCCCCUGUCCUGUGUGGGCAUUUCAGCCUCUGGUCCCUUCCCAGGGGAGGGUGGGGGGUGGGCAGGGCCUCAGCUGGGAUGCAGGUGCAGGUGCUGUCCAUCCACUGCUGUGUGCUGGGCCUGGCUACCACCCACCCUGGCUCUGUGUCUUCUCGCUUACUCCCUAGGUGGCAGGGUCUGUCCCACAGGUGGUUUUAGCCUCCGCAGCCCUGCAGUCCUCAUCUGGUCCCUUUGGCAGGGCAGCCAUGGUGAUCCCAGGCCUAGGGCUACGGGAGACUGCCCUGGCAUUGCUGUCCAGCCUUGGGAUGCGUGGUGGCUUCUCUUCAUUGGUGGGUGGCAUCCUGCCCAGGGCCCCUUUGUGUGUGUGUGUGUGUGUGUGUGUGUGUGUGUCCACGUGUGUCUGUAUUUAACAUGUAAACACACCCCCACUCUAUCCCUUGAACCUGUCAUACAUUUCACCCCCGACCCUGGCCCCAUCAGAGCAAUAAUGUCCGCUGGGGGAGUACCCCCCUCAGCCAGCCAGGCCCUGCAGCGCGGUUGGGAGGCCGCGCCUGCCUAGGAAAUCUCAACUUCUCCCUUCGUCCGUGUUUUUCCCCUAAGUCUUCUCCUGUCCAUCCCCAUCCACCUUGGCCCUCCAAUGACAAAUCACUCCAGGCCCUUGCUAGUGGUGUCCUGAGACUGUCCUUUUUUUUAAAAAAACAAAACAAAACAAAACAAAAACAAAAAACAGGCAAAAAAAAAACCCCAACAAAAAACCAACCACCAGUGUUUUGUAGAUUUCAGAUGACUAUGCAGAGGCCUGGGGGGGCCAUCCCUGGAUUGGGGGUCCUGUAUUCCACCACCCAGGCUUGGGGGAUGGGAGGGUGGCACCCAGAAUUGGUUGUAAAUACUUUGCAUACUGUCUGAUUAAACACGAGCAGACCUCA